AUGACAAAGUAUAAGAAAAUACGUAUGAAUCCCUCCUCCUCAGCGACAAUUACAAAAAAAAAGAAACCCCCCAACGGGUUUUCCAUUUUCCUCAAAAUGUACACACCAUAUAUAAAACAACAAUUCCCUAAUUAUUCAUCUAACGAAAUUAUGAAAGAAGCCGCACAUCAAUGGAAUAAUACUCCGCAAGAUUUAAAGAAUUCAUUCCUGAUUUAUGCCGUUGAUGAAGGUUGGAUUCAUCAUUAUGCCCGGUCGACGGUGCCACCCCGAUCGUCGACCAAUAUAUUUGACUCGAAUAAAAAAGAAGUGAAAGAAGUAGAGAAAGAUUGUCAUCAACCGGAUGACGAUGAAUUAUUUCGUAAAUUUAUAAAUAUGCCUUAG